AUGCACUUCUCAAAGAUCCUCCCCGUCACCCUCUUCGCUGCCCUGGCAGUCGCCGCCCCUGCCCCCCAGGGCGCCUCUGUCCCCGUCUCGCAAAUCAAACAGUUCUCCGAAAAUGUCCAAUCCUUCGCUGGCACCACGGAGAGCGAGUUCAACAAAGUCAAGGGCCAGCAAGAGUCUCUUGCUAACGCCUGGCAAGGCCAGGGAGCUCAAGUCCUAGGACAGGCCUUCGACAAGUUUGCGAAGUCUGUAAACGAAGUUAAUUCUGUUGCAUCCAAGCUUGCCUCCGACCUUGAAACAUUGUCAAGGACCUACGACGAGGCGGAGCAAGCGAGCUCGAUUAGGUUUGACUAG